AUGGUAUGUUCGAAAUACCCCAGACCAAAUAGAGUAAAGCAGGGUGAAUUCCUCUGUACUAUGCUGAAUAGGAAUACACUUCUUUUGCUGCUAUUCCAAGCAGUGAAUGUUAUGAGCCAUACAAAACCAAACAUUGAUUUGAUUCCUAAAUCCAGACCAAAUAUUGUGAUAUUUAUAGCUGAUGAUUUAGGUAUUGGAGACGUUGGUUGCUAUGGAAAUGAUACUUUACACACACCUAAUAUAGACAGUAUGUGCAAAAGAGGUUUAAAGUUAAAUCACAAUUUAGCUGCUGAGUCUGUUUGCACACCAAGUCGUGCGGCUCUCCUGACUGGUCGCUAUGCAGUUAGGUAUGGACUGACCGCAUCUAGUCUUUCUGAACAAAGAGUCAUAACUUCUGCUUCAAGUUCUUCUGGAAUACCUUCAAACAUAACAGGCUUUGCAGAAUUACUGAAAACAAAUAAUUAUACAAAUGGUUAUUUCGGUAAAUGGCAUUUAGGGUUACAUUCUGAUGAUAAAGAUUUUAGUUAUUCUCCACUGAAUCGUGGAUUUGAUUACUAUUUUGGAAUGCCGCUAACAAAUUUGUUGGACUGUGAUUUUGGUGUUGGUAGUGAAUUAUUGCCUACACCAAUUCUAAAAUUUCCCAAAACUAAGUUUUUCUUGCCUUUCGUGUUAGCAGCUGUUGUUAUCACUUUCUCUUUCUUGUUUCCAAUGAGGAAGUUACUUUUGUUAAUGUUGUGGUUAUACAUAGUUCUGUGGUUAUUGCACAUUUUAAAUAUGUUAUUAUCUCGACAACUAAACUGUAUUUUAUUGAAAAACAAUGAGUUGGUUGAACAACCUGUCAGAGUUGAAACCCUUACCAACAAGUUGACAAUAGAGGUGGAAAAUUUUAUUGAGAAGCACCAAAAUCACCUAUUUAUGGCUGUUGUGUCCUAUCAUAAGGUUCAUGCUGCAUUGGCAACUAGCAAGGAGUUUGUUGGUCAAAGUAAACAUGGAAAAUAUGGAGACAAUGUUGAAGAGAUGGAUGCAUCAGUUGGUAGAAUUCUUAAUACUUUACAGAGAUUUAACCUAACUGAAAGUACUUUUGUUUACUUUACAUCUGAUCAUGGACCAGCAUUGUAUAUGUAUGUUGAUGGUGAACUACAUGGCGGUUCUAAAGGUAUUUUUAAGGGUGGCAAAGGUUCAAGUUGGGAAGGAGGUAUCAGAGUCCCUACUGUAGUCAUGAUGCCAGGAAAAAUUCCUGCAGGAAUUAUUUAUGAUAAACCAACAAGUGCUUUGGAUUUAUUUCCCACAUUACUUUCAUUAACAGGUGUGUCCAUGCCAUCAAAUGACAUUUUUGAUGGAGAGGAUAUAAGUGUAAUUCUUAAAGGCGGCAACCUUAAUAAGAAUAGAUGUUUUUUUCAUUAUUGUGGAACACGCCUGCAAGCUGUUACCUGUGCUCCAAAAUACACAAAGCAUAUCUGGAAACUUCAUUAUGAAAUUCCAAUAUUGGAUAACAGGACUGAGGUUUGUGGUUUGGAUAUUUGUCCUUGUUUUGGUGAUGGGGUGGAGAUUUUAAAAACUCCCUUGUUGUUCGAAUUGCAGUCAGAUCCAGGUGAAAACAAUUCACUGGUUUCAAGCAGCUUGCGCUAUAAGGAAGUACUCUCCUUUAUUGCUGGUAUGGUGGAAGGUCAUAAAAGUACCCUUACUCCUAUUGAAAGUCAGUUAUCCACUGUAAAGAACAGUUUUUCUCUAAAACGACAAAUGUGUUGCAACUAUCCAUUUUGCAGCUGUUAA